AUGGUCGCAUUCAUCAUCCCUAGCAACUACGGCGCCGUCAUUGGUGUGGCGCUUGGCGCCAUCCCCGUCCUGGGAUUCGUCCACGGCAUGGUCACUGGCAGUCUGCGUAAGCAAGCCAAGGUGCCCUACCCCAACAGCUAUGCUUCAAUGGAGCUGGCCAAGGAAAAUGCCAAGGCGGAACAGUUCAACUGCGCCCAGCGCGCCCACUCCAACUUCCUUGAGAACUCAUCGCAGACUAUGCUUUUCACCCUGGUGGCGGGCCUGAAGUACCCCGAGUAUGCGGCUGGUCUGGGCGCCUUGUGGGUGUUCUUCCGCGUGCUGUUCCUCUAUGGUUACGUCUACUCGGGUAAGGCGCAGGGCAAGGGCCGUAUGAUCGGUGGUUUCUUCUGGCUGGUUCAAGCCAAGAUGUCCUCCAAGUCGCAGCAGACCUAUGGCGCCCGCGCCCAAUCCCACCCCAACCCACUGGCGCGCAAGCUCUUCCAGGUCGCCGAAGAGAAGAAGAGCAACGUAACCGUAUCCGCGGACGUCACCACCACCAAGGAGCUCCUCGAACUCGCGGACCAACUGGGCCCCUACAUUGCGGUGAUCAAAACCCACAUCGACAUCCUCUCUGACUUCAGCCAAGCAACAAUCGACGGCCUAAACGCCCUAGCAGCAAAGCACAACUUCCUUAUCUUCGAAGACCGCAAAUUCAUCGACAUUGGCAACACUGUCCAAAAGCAAUACCACCAAGGCACCCUGCGCAUCUCCGAAUGGGCCCACAUUAUCAACUGCUCCAUCCUCCCCGGCGAAGGCAUCGUCGAAGCCCUAGCCCAAACAGCUCAAGGCCCAUCCUUCCCAUACGGCAGCGAGCGCGGCCUCCUCAUCCUCGCCGAAAUGACAUCGAAGGGCUCCCUCGCUACAGGACCCUACACCUCUGCCUCUGUCGACAUCGCCCGCAAAUACCCCAGUUUCGUCCUGGGCUUUGUAUCGACCCGCUCGCUGGGCGAGGUAGAGGCUAGCGUUGCGCCUGCGCAGGGUGAGGACUUCGUUGUCUUCACUACUGGUGUGAAUUUAUCGUCGAAGGGCGAUAAGCUCGGCCAGCAGUACCAGACUCCCCAGUCGGCUGUUGGACGGGGAGCGGAUUUCAUUAUCUCUGGUCGUGGUAUUUAUGCUGCGGCGGAUCCGGUUGAGGCUGCGAAGCAGUACCAACAGCAGGGGUGGGAGGCUUACCUGGCCCGUGUUGCGUGA